AGCCGCUAGAUGGCGGGACAGAACAAAGUCAAAGGAUCAUUUAAGAAAUGAAUUGUUGAAAAUGCAACUAGAAUGGCAGACUUUAAAAAAUAUAGUCGUCAUAUAAUUAUUUGACAUGCAAUGUUUUGUCCUCUGGGGUGUGCAGACUAGUGAUGUUAACAUUUAAGCUAGCAAAUGGCACUAUAAAAGAGUCUAAAGAUGAAAGUUGACAGCGAGAAUAGUGCAUAAAAAGAGGAAUGGAAAGACAACUAUGCAUUCAUCCUAUACCUAGUUUUAUGAAUGCAAAGCCGUUGUGUUUUAUCUGCAACGCAGUUGUUACUAAUGGCAAAGAAUGUAAUAUUAGACGGCACCACGAGAGGAAGCAUGGCACCUUCAAAGUGGGAAGCUGAAUUUGCUUUGUCAAUGUUCACGUGUUGGUGCUGAGGCCCCGGGUUAUAUAAGCCAUUGUUUCAAUGCUUCACUGUUAGUUUUUUCAUACCCCAUAUUGUUUCAUGACACCUAUUUUAGAGCACACUGCACAGCUCUUCACUGCGCUGGCCUCCGUAACACUAGCGCGGGUACUGAGGAUGUUUGGCCCUCACAAAUAUAGCUUAACCAGUAAACUAAUGAAUACAACACAGGUAGAUUUUGUCUGGUUGUGGUCUCUCUAUUAAGCCAACAUGAAAUUUAACAUAAAACGUUUUCAAAAUAUUGUCUCUUUUGUUAUGUUCAGUCAAAUUGUAUACAACAGAGGUUUGGAAUGACAUGAUAUUUAAUUGUCUAUAUUUUAAUGGUAAAAUAUUUUAUGGUUUAUUUUUAUUUCAAGUUUUUCUUAUAAUUCAGUAUAAAUGAGCGGUGUUGAGUUAUUGGGUGGAGAACAUUUUAGGCAACCAUAAACAGUUUAAUACUAUAUUACGCAAAAGUAACAUACGGCAAUAGCAGUUGUUUUGCAUAAUCAUACUUUAGUUACGACAUUCUAGUUUCUCAAUAAUCAGCUCUAAGGAAAAAGGAAGAAACAAAAAGCAGAUAAAAGUAGAUUAAGCUCCUCUUCUAGUUACAAGUAAGCGAGCAGGUACACGUGAUGGAUGUACGUGUGGUGUCGUUGGCAGCUGUUAUUCUUUCCUUUCCUUUGCUAAUGUCAUGUGAGCCACUAUAUGUUCUGUUGGCCCCUAACUUGCUGAGGGUGGGUUCCUCCGAGAACGUGUUUGUGGAGGCUCAGGACUAUUCCGGAGAAGACCUAAACGUGAAGAUCGUGGUCAAGAACUAUCCACGCAAAAACUUAGAGCUGGUCUCCAAAUGGGCGAAAUUGACGAAGAACGAUCAUUUUCAGCUCCUUACGGACAUAAAGAUUCCCGCUGAUAAAAACUUCUUCUCCGAUGAUCCUCUGGAGAAGCAGUAUGUGGUUCUGCAGGCACACUUUCCAGUCAACGUUCUGGAGAAAGUGGUCAUGGUGUCAUUCCAGUCCGGAUAUAUAUUUGUCCAAACAGACAAACCUAUCUACACACCUGCCAGCAAAGUUAACUACAGGAUCUUCUCCUUAACUCCUGACCAGCAUCUGCUAGACGGCACCCCCAUCACAGUUGAUAUCAUGAAUCCACAGGGCAUUACCAUUCAAAGCGAUACCUUUUUCCCAUCUGAAGGAAUGAAGAGCAAUUCUUAUCCGCUACCUGAAAUCGUCAGCUUCGGGGUUUGGAAAUUUGUUUCGAAAUACAAGAACACGCCACAGAAGAACUUUACCACAGAGUUUGAAGUUACCGAGUAUGUGUUGCCGAGCUUUGAAGUGACUUUGAAGCCAAGCAAACCAUUCUUCUAUGUGAACGAGGACCUCCUGACCGUCGAUAUAGCAGCGAAGUACCUGUUUGGUAAUAAGGUGACAGGAAAUGCAUUUGUAGUGUUUGGUGUCCUAGAAGAUGAGAGGAAGUUGAGCAUUGCUGCCUCACUUCAGAGGGUUCAGAUAUCUAAUGGAGAAGGACAAGCCGAGCUGACGAGACGCAUGAUUCUGGACACUUUCCCAGACAUCAAGCCACUUGUUGGGAAAUCCAUCUACGUUUCAGUCAGUGUUUUAACAGAAACUGGCAGUGAAAUGGUUGAAGCACACAGAAGAGGCAUUCAGAUUGUGACGUCACCGUAUACCAUCCACUUCAAGAGAACACCUCAAUUCUUCAAACCUGGAAUGCCCUUUGACGUCUCGGUUUACGUGACCAAUCCUGACCAGACGCCUGCAGUAAAUUUGCAAGUGGAGGUCAACCCUGGAGGGGUCGGAGGUCAAACAAAAGCCAACGGCAUUGCGAAGGUCACCGUAAAUUCUCAGGGAGAUUCACUGACGCUGGAGAUCACCCUCAAGACCAAAGUUCCACAGUUAGAAGACGAUCAGCAGGCGGUAAAGAAGAUGACGGCUCACGCCUACAAACCCAAAGCCGGCUCCAACAACUACUUGCACAUCGGCAUUAAUGCUGCAGAGCUGGAGAUUGGUGAUCAGAUGAGGGUCGAUCUGAAUCUUGGGAAGAGUAAAGCGGUCCAAAACCAGGAUUUCAGCUAUAUGAUCCUAAGUAAAGGACAGAUCGUAAAAGUUGGCAGGUAUAAGAGAAGAGGACACCUUUUAGAUACUCUCUCUCUACCUGUGACUAAAGACAUGGUGCCAUCUUUCCGUUUCGUGGCGUAUUAUCAUGUGGGCUCAGAUGAGGUGGUGUCCGACUCCAUCUGGGUUGAUGUGAAGGACACGUGCAUGGGAAAGCUGAAAAUAGAGGUGAUGGAUAAGGGACCGUACGGCCCAGGUGACGAGUUCAGCAUGAAAAUAUCUGGAGAUCCUGGAGCUAAAGUCGGGCUAGUAGCUGUAGAUAAGGGUGUGUACGUCCUUAAUAACAGGAACAGACUCACUCAGACGAAGAUCUGGGACGUGAUUGAGAAACAUGACACAGGUUGUACAGCGGGCAGUGGAAGAGACAGUAUGGGGGUUUUCUAUGACUCUGGUCUGAUGUUUGAGUCCAGCACCGCUGGAGGAACCAAAACCAGAACAACAAAUGAGUGCGCUGGCCCAUCUGAGAGAAGAAGGAGAGGCUUGAGUCGUCACCAGCUCUACAAUACACUGAUGGAUAAAUACUCGACACACAAUUUAAGGAUGUGCUGUAUAGACGGAAUGUACUUGGAUCAAUUGCAACUUAACUCCUGUGGGACGCGAGCCAGAUUCAUAAUAGACGGAGAAGAAUGCGUCAAGGCCUUCCUGCACUGUUGCAAGGCAUACAGAGAGCAGAAAGUGGACCCACUCGAUCUCUUCCUGUCGCGCAGUGAGGAAGACGAGUUUGAGGAAGACAAAGAGGACAUUUUGGUACGUAAAUGGUUUCCCGAAAGCUGGCUUUGGGAUGAGAUCAAACUACCGGCCUGUCCUGCAAACCGGAUGUGCGAUGAAACAUCUGUCUUGAGAAACAGGCUCAACCUGAAAGACUCAAUCACCACCUGGGAAAUCACAGCCAUCAGUCUGUCUAGCACCAAUGGAAUAUGCGUGACAAAUCCCUACGAGAUUAUCGUUAAGAAAGACUUCUUUAUUGAUCUGAGAAUGCCGUAUUCAUCUGUGCAGAAUGAGCAGCUGGAAAUAAAGGCUAUUUUGCACAACUAUAGUAACCAAAAGCUGAAGCAGGUGUAUGUAAGCUUUCAAACGUCAGACGGUGUUUGCAGCAGUGCCAAUAGAAAACGCAAACACCGGGUAAAGGUUGCCUUGGACUCCAUGUCUUCAAAAGCCGUCCCUUUCAUCAUCAUUCCCAUGGAGAGAGAUGAUCAGUGGAUUCAAGUGGAAGCUUACAGCUCCAAUCGCAAUGAUAGGGUCAAGAAGAACCUGAGGGUGGUUCCUGAAGGAGUGCUGACUGAAGUUGAGGAGAGAGUUGUGGAGCUGAACCCGUCCAAAUAUCCAGACGGCCUGCAGACGGUUUCCAUGAGGAGUGACAUUCCAAUGCGAAAGAUCCCCAACACACCUGCGACCACGUUCAUCACUGUAAGAGGUGAUGACAUCACUCAAACAGUCGAGCAGGCCAUCAAUGGAGAUUUCAUGGGUCGACUUAUUGCCCAGCCCCACGGCUGUGGAGAGCAAACUAUGAUCUACAUGACUCUACCUCUUAUUGCCACUCAUUAUCUGGACAGCACCAAUCAGUGGGAGGCUGUCGGCAUGGACCGUCGCAAUGAAGCCAUCAACCACAUCAACACAGGUUAUCAGAGGGAAUUGACCUUCCGGAAACCUGAUGGGUCAUACGCUGCCUGGAUAAACAGACCCAGCAGCACAUGGCUCACAGCAUACGUGGCUAAAAUCUUCGCCAUGGCCAAUGAUUUGAUCGUCAUAGAGGAGAAUGUGCUCUGCAAAGCCCUCAGCUGGUUAGUUACUAAACAAGAGGAUAACGGCACAUUUACAGAGACCGCCCCAGUGUACCACAGCGAGAUGGUUGGUGGUGUACAGGGUAAAGACGCUGACGCCUCUCUGACUGCGUUCAUCCUGAUCGCCAUGCAGGAAGGCAAUAAGAUUUGUGCUCGAUCUCUUCCUAAUCUGAAGGACAGUAUUAACCGAGCCAUUCAGUACCUGAUGCUCAGAGUUCACAAUCUGACCAAUCCUUACGCUGUUGCCGUGACCUUUUACGCUUUGGCUCACACUGACAAACUCAACAAAAACAUCUUGAUGCGGCACUCCAGACAAAGCAAAGUUGGAAGGUUUUGGGAGGUUCCUGGGAAGCACUAUCACUCUCUGGAAGCCACAGGUUAUGCUGUGCUCGCCCUGGUGAAGGUGAAGGAUUUCGAGAGUGCCGGACAGGCCGUGCGCUGGUUGGGCAAACAGCAAACUCACUACGGAGGUUACGGCACUACACAGGCGACGGUCAUGGUGUUCCAGGCUGUGGCCGAGUACCGUGCUCAGGUGAAGAAGAAGGACAUUAACUUGAACCUGGCGCUUUCUGUUCAGGAGAGGAGCAGUCAAGUCAGAUGGACCCUCAGAAACUCCAACAAUCACAUUACACACUCGGAUAAGUUUGAUAUCAGCAGGAGCUUCAACAUUACGGCUCAAGGAACGGGUGUGGCCACUCUUUCUGUGUUCUCUCUGUAUUACGCCCUGCCUGAGGAGAAAGCCAACGACUGUGAAAUGUAUGAUCUCAGCGUGCAGAUGGAAAGAGAGCUGCUAGUGUCAUAUCAAGGGGCCAUUGAAAGUUACAGGUUUUCCAUUGAAUACAUUUAUAAGGACCAUAACAGAGAUUCUACCAUGAGUAUUUUUGACAUCAGCCUGCUGACUGGGUUUAAAGUGGACGAGCGAGAUCUAAAAAGAUUAUCCAGUAGGAAAGAUAAGUACAUUCAGAGCUUUGAGCUGGACCGAGAGCUUUCAGAGAGAGGAUCCAUGAUCAUAUAUGUAGACACGAUAUCUCACAAAGAGAGAGAAGGGAUUGCUUUCCGAAUUCAUAAGAUGAAUGAAGUUGGCAUGUUGCAGCCCGCCGGAGUCACUCUAUAUGAAUACAACUCUCCAGAUAAACGCUGUGUGAAGUUCUACCAUCCUCAGAAGAAAGACGGUGCUCUGAAUCAACUCUGCAGCAAGUCGCUGUGUCAGUGUGCAGAAGAAAACUGCAGUCUGCAAAAGAAAGGACAUAUCAACGAGGACAAGCGUGAAGAACAGGCAUGUGUGCCUGAAAUUGAGUACGUUUAUAAAGCUAGAGUAAAAAACAUGGACUUCUCGCAGCAUUCGGACAUCUAUAACAUGACCAUUGAAAAAGUGCUAAAGAAAGGCACUGAUAGGGCUGUAGAAGGUAACGUGAGGUCUUUUCUGGCUCAUCCUCACUGUAGAGACUUUCUGAAAUUCGAAGAAGGCAAGACAUACCUGAUCAUGGGCCAAACCAAAGCUCUUCCCCGCAACAGUGGAAGAUUGAGGUACCACGUGGGUGAGGACACCUGGAUUGAAUACUGGCCAACUGUCGAGGAGGGGCAGAUGGCAUCAUACAGACACAAAUACAUCGCCAUAUCCUCACUCGCCUACAAGCUUGUUCGCUUCGGAUGUACCACCUAAACAUGAGGCUCUGACGGCUUUGAAUGCCCGGAGGACCAAACUGGGCUUUAAAUUCUGAUGUCUGUCAGCUUUUCACAACAUUUUUGUAAACUUAAUGCAAGUCAACUUGUCAAAUUAAAUUAGCACAUACAAAAAGCC